AUGGACGACUAUUGGUGCAGCGAUGACGAUUACAAUUGCUCCGAUCAGGGUUCCAUUGACGAAGAGUACAACGACGAAGGCUUCAACGACGACGAACUAGACAUCGGAUCGCCGGUCACAACGUAUAAUGGUACCACAGCUCUGGUGAUCACAAGAGAAUCACUUGUCGCCGUGCAGAAAGAAGAUUUGCGCCGAGUAAUGGAAAUGCUUUCACUGAGAGAGCACCACGCUCGUGUUCUUCUUAUCCAUCAUCGUUGGGAUGUUGAGAAGCUUUUUGCAGUGUACGUAGAGAAAGGAAAAUCCGCCAUGUUCGCCGAAGCUGGUGUUACGUGUUAUGAAUUCGAACCUGGUUCGAAUUCUGAUCCAUCAUUUUCUUCUUCAUCAGUCUCUUGUGAGAUCUGUAUAGAGGAUGUUCCCAUUAAUGAAAUAACAAGAAUGGAUUGUGGUCACAGUUUCUGCAAUGAUUGCUGGACAUCUCACUUCAUUGUCAAGAUAAACGACGGCCAAAGUAAGCACAUCAGGUGCAUGGCACACAAAUGUAACGCAAUUUGCGACGAAUCUGUCGUGAGAAAUCUGCUCUACAAAGAGCAUACCGGAACGGCGGAGAAAUUCGAUCGGUUUCUUAUUGAAUCUUACAUUGAAGACAACAAGAGAGUCAAAUGGUGCCCUAGCGUUCCUCAUUGUGGUAACGCAAUACGUGUUGAUGAUCAAGAAGACGAACUAUGUGAAGUUGAAUGUUGUUGUGGUCUUCAGUUUUGUUUCGGUUGUUCAUCGGAGGCUCACUCGCCGUGUUCUUGCUUGAUGUGGGAGAUAUGGUCUAACAAGUGCAAGGACGAGUCAGCAACUGUGAAUUGGAUCACAGCUCAUACAAAGCCUUGCCCUAAAUGCAGCAAACCAGUUGAGAAAAAUGGUGGCUGCAACUUGGUUAGUUGUGUCUGUGGUCAACCAUUUUGUUGGCUUUGUGGUGCGGCCACAGGCCGUGAUCAUACUUGGUCAACUAUAACAGGCCAUAGUUGUGGACGCUACCAGCCACAAGAGAAAAUAGCUGAACUUGCAAAGCAAAAUCUGUAUCGAUACAUACAUUAUCAUGACAGAUACAAAGCUCACACAGACUCAUUGAAGCUUGAAAGUAAGUUAAAAGAGACUAUGCAAGACAAGGUUGAUGUUUUAGAGGAGAGGAAUAUGAAUGAUUCUAAUGCGCCACUCAGAGAUUAUAGCUGGGUGGUCAAGGAUGGACUCACACGACUCUUUAGAUCGAGGCGGGUGCUAUGUCAUUCGUAUCCAUUUGCGUAUUUUAUGUUUGGAGGUGAGAUGUUUAAUGAGUUGAUGUCAGAAGAGGAAAGGGAAAUAAAGCAGAACUUGUUUGAAGAUCAGCAGCAGCAACUAGAGGCAAAUAUUGAGAGGCUAUCAAAGUUUCUUGAGGAACGGUUUGAUCGGUUUGAAAAUGACAAAGUUAUGGAAAUAAGGAAUCAAGUCAUUAACCUCUCAAUUGUUGUUGAUAAUCUGUGCCAGAAGAUGUUUGAGUGCAUUGAAAAUGAUUUGUUGGGUUCUCUUCAUCAUCAUCAUCACAGGAUUGCUCCUUACAGAUCAAAGGGCAUAGAGAGAGCAUCUAAACUUUCAGCUUGUUCAUCAUGA